AAUUUUUUUUCUUAUAUUCUCUUUUUUUUCUUUUUGAUAAGAAAAUGUCUCUGCGUUUUAUAAAUUCACAUACCCAACGACAAUUUUAAACACUUGUUGCACCGGCGCCCGGCUAGAGGGCUGAAAGUCAGGUGGAUUUUAGCAUUUUUCCAAGAAUAUGCGUGUAAUCUGUGUAAAAACCACAAAAACGAUUAAAUGAUCUAGUAUUUUUGAUAAAUAAUAACUAUUUGUGUGUUUAUGGUGGUAAAUAAAUAUAACAAAAAAUGGCUAAACGUGUUCGAGAACUGAGAAUUGCGACAACAGACAGCGAUUCUGAUCAUUCGGCAUGGAAUAAAGCAUUUCAAAAUUCAACAAAUCAUAGUGUUAGUGUUAUGGAGAAUACACACUUUAGAAGCACAGAAGCAACUUAUAAUAUGUCUACCGAUGAAUCAAAUCUUCGACGACUAAUUGAAAAUGAUUCAUUUUUAAGGAAUGCCUCUAAAAAUGAUACAUUUCAAACAAAUCACAGAGAACCGUCAUUAAUACUUGCGUCAGGAUCUUCACAAGGAUCAAUUAAACACAAUUUAAUAGAAUCAAUGAAUUCAAUUAUUUUAGAAGGUGCUAUGGACUCGGAUGUAUCUUUUUAUUCACCUAAUGAAACAAUGAGACAUGUUAAUUUAACUGGACCUUCAAUUUUAAAUAAAAGACUUCCAUCUGAUGAAGAAGAAUUUAUCGAUUGCGAAAGUAGUUUUAAUAUUUCACCAAUAAAAUCACAUCCUACAGACUCAAUAUUAAGUACAAAAUAUAAAGAAUUACCCAAUGUUUUAUCAUCGAGGAAACAUUUAUCAGAAAAUAACAAUACCAUUUUCAUGUCAAUCAAUUCACAGUCAAAUUUUGAAUUGAGCGACCAUUCUGUAAAUGAUUCUUCAACAUCUAAUCAGUGUAAUGAUUUUCUACCACAAGUUAAACGUUUAACUACAAUUUUAGAGGAAUCAAAUGCCAAUAGUAAUGAUCAAUCAAAGAGAAUAUCUGGCGUUAAAUUACUCUCAAUUGUUGAUGAUUUAAGAAAAGGACCAUUGUCAAAUUUACCCGAGAAUCAUAAAUUCAACGAGACUGUGAAACAUUUCGCUGAAAUUUUAAAUAAAAAUUUAAGAGAAAUCACCAUUGAUCAACUUUCAUACAUUCUUCAUUAUACUUUAAAGACUAAUUAUAAUUAUACAGAUCAAGCGAGCGAGGAGGAUAGUCUCUAUAGUUCUACAGAAGUGUCAAGAUCCCCUGAAAUAAACAGUGAUUUUGAUAAUGAUGAUGAUGAUAGUCGCAAGGAGCUGGACUCCAUUAUCAAUGAACUGAGGCACAUUUAUCCGACGCCACAAAAAAAAAUUGAAAAUGAAUCACCACCCGAUUGGCCAUUAUCACAAAAAUCCAAGGCAUCUCAUUCUUCUGCGGAAAAAUCAGUUUUAUUUUGUAGGACAAAUCAAGGAUUAAAUUCAAUGAACAGAAAAAAGGAAUAUUUUCCCCUACCACAAUUUUCCAAUGGUUGCACUUCGAUUAAUAAAGAAAAUUUCCCUAUUUCACCGACAAAAAAACAAGUUUGUUUCACGACAAAAAUUCCAUCGUCCACAAUAAAUACCAAACAAUAUCCAAUAAAAACAAGAAAAAAGAAAUACACGACAACUCCACGUUAUAAAAGAAAUUCACAAAUUUCCCACGAAGAUGAUUUUGAUUCAACAACUGCAAGUGAUCAAUCAUUCCAAAUUUUAGAACAAAUGUGCAAUAUUGAAGAUAAUAAUAAUCAUAAACGAUCGAGAUUAAGAAGAAGUAUGUCUCUUACUAAUAUUGCUACAGAGGAAUUGUCAACUUAUGAAGUUAAUAUUAAUAAUCGUGGCAAAGUAAAUCAAGAAGUACAAAGAAUAUCAAGGUACAAUAAUGUAAAAGUUACAAUGCAAGUGCCAAUGAAAAAAUAUCGAAAACGUAGAAGUAAAUCUUUAGAACGUACAAAUAAUUUUACUGUUUGCGUUAAUAAUGUUGAUCGAAAUGAAAAUAUUGAUUUACCAUCAACUUCGGGAGCAAUAAAAAAGAAAAUAAUAACAAAUAAAGAAACACCAACGGAUAAAAUUCCAAAAAUUGUUGUCACCUCGGAAAAUGGUACUAUUUGCAAAUCGCCAAUAGUUCCAAAAAAAAAUCAACUCAAAACUAACACUGACAAUUGUUUGUCCCUGCCAUCUCGUCAAAGUCGUCGUUUAUCAUCAGGAGUCGAUAAUAGUAAUCUUGCAGCAGUUUCACAAGUGAGAAAAAUCUUUUCACCUGUUCAAAACAAAAAAGCACCAUCAGUUAUAGCAUCGAAAAUAAAUCGAUUGUUUCAAAAAAAAACACCUGAAAAAAGUAUAAGUUAUAAUCGAACUCCACCCUCGUCAAAUGCUCGUAAAAAUUUGACGAAAUCACAAGGCAGUACACCGCAGAGGAAACCUUGGAAACCAUGAAAAAUAAUUUGUUAGAAUUUACGUUUUCUCUCUCUCUAUAUAUAUAUAUAUUUACAUAUUAGGUCUAUUUAAAAAUUCUAAAGUUUAUAUAAAUGUAAAUUAAUGUAGAAAUUUAAGGGGUUAAAAAGAGACUUUAACAAAAAAUAAUUUUAUCUAAUCAACAAUGGCAACUAACAAUAUUUAUAGUUUAAUUAUCGUGUAAUAUUGCAACAAGUAUUCUAAAAAUUUUGUUAUUGCAUUUUUAAAAUGUUACAAGAGUUUAAAGUGAAAAAUUUUACUGAUGUUUAAAUAAAAAAAAAUUCUCUAUGUCGA